AUGGGCUUUGCGCCGCUCGCGCUUGCGCGCCAGCCUCGAUCAACAACAGCAACGUCGUCAUGGUCCAGCGAAACAGACACUGCGACGGCUAUAGCAUCUACCACUACGGAAAUCGCAACGACGACUAUUUCUGGAGUGGCUCCUAAACAGACUACCACUACUACUGAGUCUGAGAGCGCCGUUGAAACCUCGGUGACGGUGUCGACUUCUGCUUUUGAGACGUCGACUUUAGAGUCAUCAACUUUGGAGUCGCCAACUCUGGAGUUAACAACUUUUCAGGUUUCGACAUCUGCCGCUGAGGCAUCAACUCACACGACCGAAGACGCAACUACUACCACAACAUCUCCCGCCCAGAGUGCACAGACUCCACCCAACGGCGAUUUCGAGGAUGCUACCCUCGCACCUUGGGAGAGUACCGGAACCACAGCAGUCCUCGUCCGGGGCCUUGCUUACUACCAAGGGAACCAGUGCGCGGACCUCCCAGGAUCGUAUAAUGGAAACACAGCCAAAAUCUGCCAGCUGUUAGAUAUCCAACAGGGCUACGAGUACACUUUCGCGGCACAUCUGAGACAGGGCUGUACUUAUUACUCCGCUGGAGAGGGAGAGGACCUCGACUGCGACAACAACACCCACUCGUUUAAACUUUCCAUCGAUGGGGUGUUUGACUCGGAAGCGAAACCAGUCAGUAGGGAUAACCAGUACCAUGAAUACUCCAACACCUUCCAGUAUACUGGCCCAAGUAUUGACUCAAUUGACCUUUGCGUUUCUGUCGUUAUAAACCAGGGCGAGAGGUACGAAUUCCUUGUUGAUAGCGUUUCUAUUGUGCGCGGUAAAUCGGUGCCUGUGCCCGAAGAAGACAUGAGGCUUGGUCCGAGACGUGCUAGAAUGGGCGUCUGA